AUGGUCGCUCCCUUCCGAGUCAAGGCUCUCUUCGAGUACACCUCGCCCCAUGAUGAUGAUCUCAACUUCCCUCUCGGCCAAGUCAUGACCGUCACGGAGGAGGAGGAUGACGAGUGGUACGGUGGCGAAUACGUCGACGAAGACGGAGUCAAGAAGGAAGGCAUCUUCCCUCGCAACUUUGUCGAAAAGUUCGAACCUACACCACCUCCCCGCCCUAUGCGGACACGAACAAAAAAACCCGACGAUGCCCCAGCUCCCCAGCAACAGCCCAAGCCCGAGCCAGAAAAGCCAGAGCCGGUGCUGGUGACUGCUGCCUCUCCAUCCACUCCGGCAGCCCUUCCUCGGGAUGAGCCCGAGCCCGAACCCGAGCCGGAAGUAGAGGUUCCAAAAUCUCCGGAGCCAAGGUCGCGACCAGUGCCCGUGCCUGUCGCAGCGGCCGCACCCCCAAAAGCUCCUGCCACAAACACCGCACAGCCUCCCAAGCCUGCUCCGCGCGAGGCACCAGCAGCCGCUCCCGCCCCAACCCCGAAACCGAAGUCUUCCGGACCCCCGCCCGUUGUCGAUAAGCCGAGCAGCAGCUCAUUCAAAGACCGCAUUGCCGCUUUCAACAAACCCGCGGCCGCGCCUGUCGCACCGUUCAAGCCCGGCGGCCUUGGAGGUUCAAGCUUUAUCAAGAAGCCAUUUGUACCCCCGCCCCCCAGCCGCGACGCCUAUGUUCCCAUUCCACGGGAGCAGGUGACUCAAAAGAUUUAUCGUAGAUCCGAAGACCCCGAGAUUAGAGAGCAGGAGGCCCAGAACCAAGAACAGGCUGAAAAGGCUGGGUUGUUUCCGACCGAGACUAAACAGGAAGCCGGUGACGAAGAAGAAGAGCAGCCCAAGCCAACCAGCCUCAAGGAACGUAUUGCUUUGCUCGCCAAGCAACAGCAGGAGCAGGCCCAGCGACACGCAGAGGCCGCCGUCAAGAAGGAAAAACCCAAGAAACCGGCCAAGAAGAAGCCCGAAGUACCGGGUGGUGAACCCCUUGAGGAUGUCGAUGUCGCCGAUCUCGCACCGCUCGAAAGGAGAGAUACCGAAACCACAAUUGGCCGUACUUCUCUUGAGGAGCAAGCACCUGCCCAGGCUCCACCACCAAGACGCAAGGCAUCUCGCGGUCCCGCUGCCGAAUCUCCACGCGACGGUAAUGAGGCGGAUAUGUCUGGAGCCGGCGAUACUACAGAGGGCCAAGAUGAUACAUCGGAGCGUGAAGAAGAAGGUGAAGCAUCACAGCGUCGUACUUCAGAGACCGCCCCUACCUCUCCGACUCUGAGCCGUGCUCCUGCAGCCAAAGACGAUCGACAUAAGGUCACUGAAGAAUCGCAGGCUGAAGAGGCUGAAGCAGAAGAAGAGGAAGAGGAGGAGGAAGAUAUGGAUCCUGAAGUCCGACGUAAGGAGGAGCUCCGUGCAAGAAUGGCUAAAAUGAGCGGUGGUAUGGGUUUCCACGGCAUGUUUGGUGCUCCGAUCCCCCCCGCGGGUGGUCUACCGAAGAGAAGCAAGCCAGAAAAGGCCCCCAAAGAGGAUGCAGAGAGCCGUCCAGAUGAUACGCAGCGCUCUGCGCCUCCAAUUCCGACACCCAUGGCACUGCCCGGUAUCGGAGGUCUGAAGAAAUCACAGGAGCGCGAAACUGAACAAGACGACGACAAUGAGCCGACCCCCAGCUUGCCGUCGCCACCUACUGUGCCUAGCAGGGCGCCAGCCAUUCCCAAGCUAAACGACGCUGAUGCCGACCAGGAAGAGAGUGAUGACGACGGUGCUACCCCAGGUCCUGCCUCUCGCUCAGACGCGCCGCGUGCUCCUCCGGUGCCGAGCGGGCGUCCUGCGCCGCCACCUGUUCCCCCAGAGCCACCACGGCCGCCCGUUUCACCCCCUGUGCCAGCCAUCAGGUCUGCGACCGAGGGCUCCGAGUCAGACGAUGAGCUCUCUGCGGGAAGGGAUCAAUCCGACCCCAUGUUAGCACAAUCACCGCGACUUCCGUUGCGAUCGCCACCUCUGUCCCCGCGGUUUGCAGAGCCCCCGUCUGCGAAUAAGCGAAACAGCCGACCGCCUCCUCCUAUCCCGGGCGUCGCGUCGAUGUUGCCCCCUGCUGCAAGCCGACCACCCCCGCCUCCGCCUCCGGGUGGCGUCAGUCGUCCGUCGAUGACUGCUGAUAUACCUCCCGUUCCACCAUCCAGACCUUUAAAAGCAGGGGAUGAGGCUGGUGAGGAAAGCACAGAGUACGAGGGUGACUAUGACACUGAUAUUGCAUCUUCAGUCCCCCACAAGGACGCAUUGAAAGCCCAUGCUCGUGAUUCAAGUGUGGACGAUAGCCUACUUCAGUCACCCACGACUGAGGUCCCUGCAAGCCGCCCUCCGCCCAUCCCGCCAAACUCACCACCUCGUGCUAUUCCGCCACCGGUACCGGCAAUUUCCCCGGUAGAGAAUAAGCGGCGAUCUGUUGAUAUACCUCGCGCAGCUCCACCACCACCACCAGCUGCGGCUCCACCGUCUGAGGAUUCCGAUCCCUAUAGCUACGCCUCCCCUCCGAUAGGCGCCAGCUCAAGUAGAACCCCGAAGAUUGCAGAAGAAGCCUACUUUGCAGAUCCGGGUGUUUCGCCCACUGCGACUGCAACCACUGGACGACGCCUGCCACCCCCACCAGCAGCCGCGAGCGGCCGCACAUCCAUGGAAGGUACACGCACAAGCACCAGUAAUAGGCGCUCCGUUGAUCUCCAUAGACAGUCACUGGAAUCUGGGUUCAUUGCCAACGAUGUUGAUCUGGCUGUUCAAAGUGGUUGGUGGAAGCAGGCAGAUCAGCUACCCCCCGUGCUACAAGGUCGCCGCGAUAUUUUCUUCGAAUCGGAGGAAUCGACCACGAAUAACCAAGGCGCGAAAACGAUUAUUACACGCGGAAUCUUUGUUCUAUACCAAGACUACUCGCAGACCAUCAUCACCGUCCGAUUCGAUCCCUAUGCCCCUGCCGAUGUUGAGCUAAGCCAGAAGCACGAAGGUCCUCCCCGCACACUCCGCCAAGACGAGAUGGAAGAAUUUCAUGACAGAUUUGGUCGUCAGAUUGUCGAGGUCGCAAGUACCAAAAAAGACACCGUUGUCGGCGAUGGCUCACCGCAAAGUCUGGUUCUCGAGCUACUCCGUCCCUUGAAGGGUGCUCUGUGGCCCGUGGGCACCCGCGCGUACGGCGCCCUCGUCUACUCCAACAUGGCCAAUGCCUCGACGCAGCAGCACGACGUCAUCCGCCCCGGCGACAUUGUGUCGUUUCGCAACAGCAAGUUCCAGGGCAAGCACGGCGCCAUGCACGCCAAGUACAGCGCUGAGGUGGGCAAGCCGGACCACGUGGCGAUUGUGGCCGAGUGGGACGGCACCAAGAAGAAGCUGCGUGCCUGGGAGCAAGGCCGCGAGAACAAAAAGGUCAAGUUGGAGAGCUACAAGCUGGAUGAUCUGCGCAGCGGCGAAGUCAAGGUGUGGCGCGUCGUGGCGCGCAACUGGGUGGGAUGGAACAGCCAGCCUUAG